GGAAUGGAGCGUUUGAAAAGAUUUUGGAAUGAUAUGUUUGGUGAAGGAGUGGACUAUUCACAAUUCGAAACGAGAAAAUUAUUUUUCAGGAACGGAGAUGCAGAUAUAGUAGUUUUUCGUGAUAAUUCAUCGAAAUUUCGCCUUUUCGGAACGAAUAUCCACGUUACAUUAGGUGCUGUGAUUGCAGCCACAAUCGGUCUUAUGGUAACGAUUGCGUUUUGUGUAUUUUACACAUUUUAUCAUAGUCGAGGAAAAGGAAGGAAUGAAUUUAUCGAUCACAUUGAAUUGGUUGAUCUAAUUUUUGCCUUCUUCUUCGGUUUACCGUGCCACUAUUUGCUUUUUUACGGUAUUCACGCCGAGAACAAACGAUACCUAUCGCCAUUUCUCAUCUUCUAUUGUACAAAUUUUAUGCUGAACGUUAUUUUCUGCGUUAUAACGAUCGUCGCAGCAAUUGUCGACGUACGUCGACUUCUUUUCGGACAAGUUCGAUACGAUUUCGGAUGGGUUGCUUUUCAGAUAGGUUUCACUGCAGCACAAGGAUUCGCAAUCUACCUCGUGUUGCGUUGCAGAAAAUAUUUGAGUGCUAAGGAACACUGGAAGAAAAUAUCGAAACAGGGACCAAACUAUGAUCACUCAAUAAUCGCAGAUGGCGUUACAUCAGAUUCGAUAACUGCUGAUAGAGUAUGA